UUUUUUUUAUAAUAUCGUAAAAGUUUUUUUUUUAACAGAUAGAUUAUUAAUUUCAAAUCUCGAAGUUUUAGGUUUCAUUAGUGUGGUUUCGUCGAAAGCUCCCGCGCGUCACAUAUCAACCGGUUUGAUAGGCAGAGCUUUGAUCAGCGGGAAGAUUCGAAGCUAAUCCGCGCGGAUUAACAUUUUAACGACUUGACGAUAAUGUCAAUCGCGCCUGUCUGUGUGACGAUUGUACUUGGUUUAGGCUGUUUACUACAGAGAGUCGAUUACGUGGUCGGCAGAAAACAGGAACGGGAUUCUUUUGGGGGGCCGAGAAUAGCAUGGGAACGGGCGGAUAUCGCGUUUCGUAGGCAGCCGCGGCGACGACGGCGGAGGGUAAGUUUCGGGACGACAGCCAAAGUCCCCAAGCAAUUAUAGAAUUGGAUUGGAUCGGGGAGUUCGGGAAGGUGGCCGCGGCACCGCCGCCGAAAUCGGUUUCGUUUUAUUUUAGCUUAGCUGUCGAAGGCAUCCGGUUGUGCAUUCUCCCCGCGGAUCAUCGUCACGAUCGCAAUACAUCGGGCGUUGAAUGACGGGGUGAAAACUUGCGGCGAGUAGCACUGAAGUUCUCGUGAUUGCACCACUCGUCGUCCUUCUUUUACUCGCUAUAUUUAAGGAUAAUUGAAAGCGAGGGGAAAGUCCGAAAUUGCGCGUCACGAUGGAGGCGAUCAAGAAGAAAAUCGCGGCAUUGAAGCUCGAGAUGGACGCCGCGAACGAGAAGGUCGAAGUUAACGAGACGAAAGCGAAACAGGAGAAUAUAAGAGCAGACAGGCUGAAUGACGACCUCAGGGAUUUGCAGAAACGAUUGACCCAAUUGGAACGAGAUUAUACUGUCGCCAAAGCUAACUUGGAGCAAUCAACCGCUGAUCUAGAGCAGUGCGAAAAAUCUUGGUCCAGAGCUGAGCAAGAUCGUACUGUUUUGACGAAGAGAGUGCAGGAGAUCGAAGCGAGUCUUACCAAAAAGGAGGAGUUACGUCUUUCCGCCACACUCAAGCUAGCACGUGCGACCGAACUCGCGGACGACGCGCAAAGAAUGUGUAAUGUCCUAGCGGAUAGAAGUCGCUUGGACGAGGAACGUACGGAGAAGCUGAUGGCGGAACUAAAAGACGCGAGAUUAAUCGCUGAAGACGCCGACGCGAAAUCCGACGAGAUAGCCAAGAAAUUGCAAUUCGUGGAGGAGGAAUUGGAAGCUGCUGAAGAAAGAGUGAAGACUAGUGAGGCAAAAAUCGUAGAACGCGAAGAUGAACUCUUCAUCGUGCAAAAUAUCGUGAAAUCCCUCGAAGUGUCAGAGGAGAAGGCGAACCAGCGAGUAGAAGACUUUAAGGUGCAACUGAAGUCUUUGAAGAAGAAACUGAAGGAGGCGGAGAAGCGCGCAAUUACCGCCGAGAGGACAGUCAAAACGUUGCUAAAGGAAGUGGAUAUGAAAGAAGACGAACUCAGAGAAGAAAAGGAAAAGUACAAGGCAGUUUGCGACGACAUGGACGCAACGUUCGCCGAGAUGACAGGAUACUAAAAUCCUCCCGCGGACGGACAGGAUUUGACGCUGCUACUUUCGCUACUACUCCUACGCUUCCCUCCGCUUAUUCGCUAUUUUUUAAUAUUCAUUAAUAUUCGGCUCUUGCUGUGCUUAAAUGUCGCUUAAAUUGCAAUGCCGAUUCGUUUUGCCGCUGACAGAGUGCCGUGAGCGAUAUUAGAAAUAAACCGCUUCGCGCAAUAAUCCACUAAUGGACAAGGCAAUGCAAUGCGGCUUGUUACUAUAACUGCUUCGCUUCGUGCAACACCUUGCCAAGAUCGAGCAAUUAGUUCACGGUCGCCCGUUGUUCGCUGUGCCGAUCGAAGAUUCAUGAGCGUCUAUCUCUUUUUCUUUCAGAGACGCGUUGGAGGGAUUUAAUGUCGCACGCGCGAGCGAGACCACGACACAUCGCGCAUCCUUUUUACCAUUUAAUGUAAAAUCUGUAUUUUCAAUAAACAGUAUCACAAAUUC